AUGUGGCUUGUGCCUGACCUGCUGCCGUCCUUCCUGCUCAAGGGCAGGGAGGGAGUGUUUGCGCUCUGGCUUGUUCCUGACCUGCUGCCGUCCUUCCUGCUCAAGGGCGGGGAGAUAUCUCGCUACGUGCUGUCAGGGGCUGACCUUAUGGCGUCAGGCUGGCCUGCGGAAGGCCUGCCAGAGUUCCGACCAGGGGAGGUGUGGUCCGUGAAGGUUCCAGGAAACUCCUGCCCCAUAGCGGUAAGUGGGCAUAACUAUGGUGGGCAGUGCAGCAGAGGCCGUGAGAGCCGGCAUGCAUUCUCUCAUCUCAUAUGUCUUAUCUCACCCCAUCCCAUCCGUCCGCAUGUGCAUGUGUUUCCACUCCACCAUUCGCCAUGCCCAUGCACGCAGGUGGGCAUAACGAUGGUGGGCAGUGCGGAGGCUGUGAGAGCCGGCAUGAGAGGGAAGCUCCUCCGAAUCACCCACUACUACCGCGACUCGCUCUGGGGGACGGCAGAGGGCUCCUAUGUGCCGAACAAGGGCUUCCUGCCGGACCUGGCUGGUCGUGCCCGCCCUUGGCGCUCGUCUUUUGAGGCGCCUCAAAUGCCGGACCUGGCUGGUCGUGCCCGCCCUUGGCGCUCGUCUUUUGAGGCGCCUCAAAUGCCGGACCUGGCGGGUCGUGCCCGCCCUUGGCGCUCGUCUUUUGAGGCGCCUCAAAUGCCGGACCUGGCUGGUCGUGCCCGCCCUUGGCGCUCGUCUUUUGAGGCGCCUCAAAUGCCGGACCUGGCUGGUCGUGCCCGCCCUUGGCGCUCGUCUUUUGAGGCGCCUCAAAUGCCGGACCUGGCGGGUCGUGCCCGCCCUUGGCGCUCGUUAAACUGCUCAUGCCCAUCCGCUCUUGCACUAUCCCACUUCCUUCCCCCCUCCUGCUUUCCACGCUCACAGGGAGACGGCAGAGGGCUCGUACGUCCCAAACAAGGGCUUCUUGCCGGACCUGGUCGUGCCUGUCUGUGCGCUGCUUGUUCUCCUGCUCUCAUGCUCAACGCUUGUGCAAUCCCUUUCUCUUCCGCACCAACCCACGCCCACAGGGAGACGCCUGCCGAUUCUGAUGCCAUGCCUGCUCUUCUCCUCCAAAUGGAGCACCACCACUUGACGCUCCGUUCCCUCCCCACUUCCCCACCGCGCCCACAGGGAGACAGCAGAGGGCUCUUAUGUGUCGAACAAGGGCUUCCUGCCAGACCUGGUUGUGCCCGACCCUGA